CUUCCUUCUCCUGCAGCCCAGAUCCUCUGCCCCCUGCUCACCUCCCCUUCCCUCAGGAUGAAGCCUCCCCCUCUUCUGACCUUCCUUUGCCUCCUGGUGGCCCUGGCUGGCGGGAACCUGGUCCAGUUUGGGGUGAUGAUCGAGAGGAUGACGGGGAGGCCGGCCCUGCAGUACAACGACUAUGGCUGUUACUGUGGCGUUGGUGGUUCCCACUGGCCCGUGGACCAGACAGACUGGUGCUGCCAUGCCCACGACUGCUGCUACGGGCGUCUGGAGAAGCUGGGCUGUGAACCCAAACUGGAAAGGUAUCUCUUCUCAGCCAGCAGACACAACAUCUUCUGUGACGGCAAAACCGCCUGCCAGCGUCAGACCUGCGAGUGUGACCGGACGGCCGCCCUCUGCUUCCGCCACAACUUGGGCACCUACAACCGCAACUUCGUCCGUUACCCCAACAAGCUGUGCAGUGGCCCCACACCACCCUGCUAGGCCCGGGCCCCGCCUCCGCUCUGUACUCCGGCCUCCAGUGGCCCCAGGCCUGGGCAGCACUGACACCAAAGGCGCUCCUUCCAGAAAAUUCCUUUCCUGCACACCCAUCCUUCCCUGAGACCUCCCAGACUGUG